UCCUCGGGGCCUACGCGCCGCGCGCUCCGACAGGGGCGAAGCCCGACGCCGCUUGCCGCUGCGAAGCCCCUCUCCCGCCGGAGCUGCUCCGGGAACGAGGAGCAGGUCUCCCUGAGGAGAGGAAGAGGAGCAGCCGGCACCCCCGCGGUCUGGCCGUCCAGUGAAGCCGGGACAUCCAGCUGAAAAUGCCGCUCUAAAAUGCAAGCGCAGCAUAGCAGGAACCUGUGCGCUGCCCACCCGUGGCCUCGCUGCCUGGGCCAUGAGGGCGCUGCGGGGGCAGCCGCUCCUCUGGGCCCUGCUCCUGUGCCUGCCCUGGCCGGCGCGCGCGGCCGAGCAUGAGGAGGUGGCCCGGCACGCCAUCAAGCUGCACCGGGGCAAGGGCGCCGCCGCGGCUUCCCGCAGGCAGUGGCUGCUGGGCGGCUGCCGCAAGCUGUCCGGCCUCCUUCACCAGAAGAGCGUGGUGCUGGACAAACUGAGAAACGCCGUCCGCGCGGUGGAGCGAGACCCCGGGCUGUCGGAGGAGGAGAAGCUGUUCCAGGUGCACACGUUCGAAAUCUUCCAGAAGGAGCUGAACGAAAGCGAGAACUCCGUGUUCCAGGCCGUCCACGGGCUGCAGCGCGCCCUGCAGGGGGACUACAAGGACGUGGUGAACAUGAAGGAGAGCAGCCGCCAGCGGCUGGAGGCCCUGCGCGAGGCCGCCAUAAAGGAAGAGACAGAGUACGUGGAACUUCUGGCUGCAGAAAAGCAUCAAGCGGAAGCCCUCAAGAACAUGCAGCAUCGAAACAAGAGCUUGUCCAUGCUGGACGAGAUCCUGGAGGACGUGAGGAGGGCGGCGGACCGCCUGGAGGAGGAGAUUGGCGAGCACGCCUUCGACGACAACAAGGCGGUCAAAGGCGUCAAUUUUGAGGCAGUUCUGAGGGUGGAGGACGAAGAGGCCAGCUCCAAGCAGAACAUGACGCGGCGUGACGUGCAGGGGGACCUGGGGCUCAGCAUGCUGAUCGACUCCCAGAACAACCAGUACGUGCUGACCAAGCCCAGAGACUCGACCAUACCGCGGGCCGACCACCACCUCAUCAAGGACAUCGUCACCAUAGGAAUGCUGUCCCUGCCCUGUGGCUGGCUCUGCACAGCCAUCGGAUUGCCCACGAUGUUCGGUUACGUCAUCUGUGGGGUGUUGCUGGGACCUUCAGGACUGAACAGCAUUAAGUCUAUCGUACAAGUGGAGACUUUGGGAGAAUUUGGGGUGUUCUUCACUCUGUUUCUUGUUGGCCUGGAGUUUUCCCCAGAGAAGCUGAGGAAGGUGUGGAAGAUCUCCUUGCAAGGCCCGUGCUACAUGACACUGCUGAUGAUUGCCUUUGGCCUGCUGUGGGGACACUUUCUGCGGAUCGGGCCCACGCAGAGCGUCUUCAUUUCUGCUUGUCUGUCCUUGUCCAGCACACCCCUCGUGUCCAGGUUCCUCGUGGGCAGUGCUCGGGGUGAUAAAGAAGGGGACCUCGACUACAGCACCGUGCUGCUGGGGAUGCUGGUGGCGCAGGACGUGCAGCUCGGGCUGCUCGUGGCUGUGAUGCCCACGAUGCUGCAGGCGGGAGCAAGUGCGUCCUCCAGCGCUCUCACGGAGCUGCUGCGAGUCCUGCUGCUCGCCGGGCAGACCCUCUUUUCACUGGCCGCCGUCCUUCUCUUCUGUCUUGUCCUGAAGACGUACCUCGUGGGCCCGUACUGCCGCAAGCUGCACGCAGAAGGCAAAGGGAACAAAGAAAUCCUCGUCUUGGGAGUGUCUGCGUUCGUCUUCCUGAUGCUGACGGUCACCGAGCUGCUGGACGUCUCCAUGGAGCUGGGCUGCUUCCUGGCCGGGGCCCUCCUCUCCUCUCAGGGCCACGCGGUCACCGAGGAGAUCACCGCCUACAUGGAGCCUGUGCGCGACUUCCUGGCCAUCGUCUUCUUCGCGUCCAUAGGGCUGCACGUCUUCCCCACGUUCGUGGUCUACGAGCUCGCCGUGCUGGCAUUCCUCACGCUCUCCGUGGUGGCCAUGAAGUUUCUUCUGGCAGCGCUGGUCUUGUCUCUGAUUCUGCCCAAGAGCAGCCAGUACAUCAAGUGGAUUGUCUCCGCGGGGCUGGCCCAGGUCAGCGAGUUCUCCUUCGUCCUGGGGAGCCGCGCGCGGAGAGCAGGCGUCAUCUCGCGGGAGGUGUACCUCCUCAUCCUGAGUGUGACCACGCUUAGCCUCUUACUGGCCCCGGUGCUGUGGAGAGCUGCCAUUUUGAAGUGCGUGCCCCGACCAGAGCGGCGGUCAAGCCUCUGACAGCACUGUGUGGACGCUCACUCUGGGAGGGCCUUGUGAUGGCCAGAGCUGCACUGGAGCCGGUCUGCUCGGCUGCACCUGCACCGUCUCUUUCGCAGGCACAGAGGGAUCAGGUGGCUGGGGCUGUUGGGCCUGGACGCGCCUUUUUUCAGAAACUGCAGUUAACUUUAUUAUUAAUUCAUCAGUUUGAUUUUUUCGGUCAAGAGGAAAAAUUAGGUUGCUUUUUUAUUUAUUGUACAUCUUUAGAAGUAUAACCUACUUUUCAAGUAUUUGUUAUUUAACAUUUCUGUGAUACGAAAUUUUAAUCCUUUUGAAUUUAAUUUAAGGAGUUGGGAACUUUUAUCUUGAAAUCAUGUUUUCUGAGAUGGCUAUCUUAUAGAUGUCUAUUUACCUUUUAUUAUAACUAUUUUAAAUAAAACACUUUCAUGUC